AUGAUAAACUUCGUCACUAUUUUGCUUCAUCAACACAAACACACGUUAUCCAUGGCUUUGUCUCUGUUCCAAAACCCCACCUUUCUUAAACCCCAACACCAAUCUCAGCCCCCAACCGCCACCGCGCGCUGGGGCUACGUCCGGGUGCGGUGCGGCGGACCGCGGUCCCAACGUGGACCGCUGGUGAAAGGUCGAAUCCUGAGCAUCGAAGCAAUCCAAGCCAUCCAAACCCUAAAACGCCUCCACCGAACCAAUCCUCCAAACCUCCCCUCCCUCCUCUCCAACACCCUCACGCGCCUCCUCAAAUCCGACCUCCUUGCCACCCUCCGGGAGCUCCUACGCCAGCGCCACUGCACCCUCGCCCUCCACGUCUUCUCCACUCUCCGAUCCGAAUACGGCGCCGAUUUAUCCCUCUACGCCGAGAUGGUCCAGGCCCUCGCUGCCUCCGAUAUGCACGAGCACGUGGACCGUCUGAUCCUCGACCUCGAAGAUGAAAAUGAGAUAAAGUGCGACGAUCAUAAGGGGCUUGCCAGCUUCAUCAAGGCCGUCGUUGCUGCCAGGAGGAAAGAAUCAACGGUCAGGAUUUACGAGUUGAUGAAAAAGAGUGGGUAUGGAACCGUCACUGACCCUGAUGAGUACGUGGUUAAGGUUUUGGUUUAUGGAUUCAAGAGUUUCGGGGAAGAGGCUCUUGCCGAAGAAAUUCAACAUAAUUACAAAAUAGUGCCUGCUAAGUUCUCUAGGACUCAAUUCAACACGUUGCGCAAUUAG